AUGCAAAUCUCCAAGCUCGUUACCACUACUCUCGCUGCUUCCACUGCUGUCUCUGCCACUCCAGUUGCUAACAACUUGGCCAAGAGAGACGAUGCUGUCGAUGUUGUCUUGAAGGACGUCGAAGACCUUCUUGGAACAGUUGUCAAGGAUGUCACUGGUCUUUUGGCUGACGCUGGUCUUAACGUCACCUCUGUUCUUGAACCAAUCCUCCUGCCAUUGGGAUUGAAGAAGAGAGAGGAGGAGUUGGCUGCUUUGGAGAGAAGAGACCUCUCUACCAUUCUCAGCGACGUUGACGGUUUGGUUUCCGACAUCUUGAAGGGUGUUGGCAAGAUCAGCGCUGACUUGCUUGGCCUUUAA